AUGUACUUGCAAUUGGUCUCCAUCGCCGCCUACCUCGCCCUGGCCUCCGCGUUACUGUUAGACUUUGAUGUCUAUGCUGAUGCUGGUGCCAAGGGCUUUGUUAAAAGAGACCUGGAAGAACUCCUGUUGCUGAACUCAGACUUGGCCUACGUCGUUGACGUCAACGGCCACAAGGUGCGCUUGGACACUUUCCGCUCGGACUUGCUUGUCAUCACUGACCAGACUGAAUGCAUUCGUCGCAAGGGUAUCCAGAACAACUGCAAGUCUGACGUCGACAACCUUGACCACUUCACUGCCAACCGCAGUGCGCCGGCGCUUGUGUGGCCUGGUCCCGACCAAGGGGGUAUCUCCGUGGGCCAGUACGGUUCUGGUGACGUCAAGGUGGGUGACAUCGAGGUGAAGGACUUUACCUACGCCUGGGCCCGCAAGACCACCGAGUCGCUUGGUGUGUUGGGUGUUGGUCUCCCUGAGAACGAGUCGACUAACCUCCACGAGAACGAAAACGACUACAAGGACGACGACAACAACAACAACCACAACCAGAACCACAACCAGAACCAGAACCAGAACCAAAACCAGAACCAGAACCAGAACAAUCGCAACAACAAGCGUGACGACGACGACGACCAUCGCUACAUCUACGAAAACUUCCCCAUGAAGUUGAAGGCUGACGGCAAGAUCUCCAAGAACAUGUUCGCCAUCUGGCAGGACGGUAACUCGGGCAAGAUCAAGUUCGGUGAAGGCGACAAGCUGAAGUACUCCGGCGACUUGACUGAGUUCUCGAUGGCCAACUCUAACCGCAACGGCAGAUACACUUACAUGCCGCUUAAGAACAUGCAAUUGGACGGCCAGGACAUCGUUCAGGGCAACCACAACCAGCACCAGAACCGCAGAUCGGAUGCGAUUUUGGAGGCAGGGUCGGCGUACUCGUUGUUCCCUGGUGACAUCGUGCUGUACUUGGGAUGGAAGCUCACCGGCCAACGUGGCGGCAACUGGAACGAAGGGUUCGACUUUGAUUGCUCGAAGAAGGACCAGACCGUCACCUUUGAUUUCGGUUCCGUCAAGUACGACUUGAAGGUCGAGGACUUGAUGCAACAAAAGGGGUCUCAGUGCCACAUGCCGGUGUCGUGGUCGCAACGCAACGACGUCAUCCUUGGUAACAACUUCCUCAAGAACUUCUACGUCGAAGUCGACCAGGAAGACCACAAGGUGAGAAUUGCUAAGCGCCUGGACCUGGUGAGACUGAGCGCCGGCAGCAGUUCCGACUCUUCCGACUCUUCCGACACCGCUGCUCGUACCACUAAUGGUGGUGCUAGUGCUACUGGUGACAGAGCCAACGCCGAUGUCGAGGCCACCACCACCGCCACUCGCGACAACAACUCCCGCACCUUGGACUCGGCGUCGACGGUGACUUCGAGAACCACCUCUGCCUCGGGCUCGGCCGUCGCCGACGCCGCAUCUGAGGAUUCGGUGGCUAACGGCGCCACUCCCUUGGCUAUGGGCUGGGGCGUUGCCGCCGUGGGCUUGUUGUUGCUCUGA